CGCAGCCUCGUGCUGCAGCUCUGUGACCUGCUGUCGGGGCUGCGCGUGCACGGUGUUGUCUUCGAGGACGACUCGCGCGCGCCCGCCGUCGCGCCCAUCCUCGACUUCCUGUCAGCCCAGACCUCGCUGCCCAUCGUGGCCGUGCACGGCGGCGCCGCGCUCGUGCUCACGCCCAAGGAGAAGGGCUCCACCUUCCUUCAGCUGGGCUCCUCCACAGAGCAGCAGCUUCAGGUCAUCUUUGAGGUGCUGGAAGAGUACGACUGGACAUCUUUUGUAGCGGUGACCACGCGUGCCCCCGGCCACCGGGCCUUCCUGUCCUACAUCGAGGUGCUGACUGAUGGCAGCCUGGUGGGCUGGGAGCAUCGUGGGGCCCUGACACUGGACCCUGGGGCAGGCGAGGCUGUCCUGGGCGCCCAGCUCCGCAGUGUCAGUGCACAGAUCCGCCUGCUCUUCUGUGCCCGUGAGGAGGCUGAACCUGUGUUCCGGGCAGCUGAGGAGGCUGGCCUCACUGGACCUGGCUAUGUCUGGUUCAUGGUGGGACCCCAGCUGGCUGGAGGUGGGGGCUCUGGCGCCCCUGGGGAGCCUCUUCUUCUGCCAGGAGGUGCCCCGCUUCCCGCGGGGCUCUUUGCAGUGCGCUCAGCUGGCUGGCGUGAUGACUUAGCCAGGCGUGUGGCGGCUGGUGUGGCUGUGGUGGCCAGAGGUGCCCAGGCCCUGCUGCGUGACUACGGCUUCCUGCCUGAGCUUGGCCAUGACUGCCGCGCCCAGAACCGCACCCACCGCGGGGAGAGUCUCCACAGGUACUUCAUGAACAUUACCUGGGAUAACCGGGAUUACUCCUUCAAUGAGGAUGGCUUCUUGGUGAACCCCUCCCUGGUGGUCAUCUCUCUCACCAGAGACAGGACUUGGGAGGUGGUGGGCAGCUGGGAGCAGCAGACUCUCCGUCUCAAGUACCCGCUCUGGUCCCGCUAUGGCCGCUUCCUGCAGCCAGUGGACGACACACAGCACCUCACGGUAGCGACACUGGAGGAGAGACCCUUUGUCAUUGUGGAGCCUGCUGACCCCAUCAGCGGCACUUGCAUCAGAGACUCUGUCCCCUGCAGAAGCCAGCUCAACCGAACCCACAGUCCUCCACCGGACGCCCCCCGCCCGGAAAAGCGAUGCUGCAAGGGCUUCUGCAUCGACAUUUUGAAGAGGCUGGCGCACACCAUAGGCUUCAGCUACGACCUCUACCUGGUCACUAACGGCAAGCACGGGAAGAAGAUCGACGGCGUCUGGAACGGCAUGAUAGGGGAGGUGUUCUACCAGCGCGCGGACAUGGCCAUCGGUUCCCUCACCAUCAACGAGGAGCGCUCCGAAAUCGUGGACUUCUCCGUCCCCUUCGUGGAGACGGGCAUCAGCGUCAUGGUGGCGCGAAGCAAUGGCACUGUGUCCCCCUCUGCCUUCCUAGAGCCCUACAGCCCCGCUGUGUGGGUGAUGAUGUUCGUCAUGUGCCUCACUGUGGUCGCUGUCACCGUUUUCAUCUUUGAGUACCUCAGUCCCGUAGGCUACAACCGCAGCCUGGCCACGGGCAAGCGCCCUGGUGGCUCAACCUUCACCAUUGGGAAAUCCAUCUGGCUGCUCUGGGCCCUGGUGUUCAAUAACUCGGUGCCCGUGGAAAACCCCCGGGGAACCACCAGCAAAAUCAUGGUGCUGGUGUGGGCCUUCUUCGCCGUCAUCUUCCUCGCCAGCUACACAGCCAACCUGGCCGCCUUCAUGAUCCAGGAAGAAUACGUGGACACUGUGUCUGGACUCAGUGACCGCAAGUUCCAGCGGCCACAGGAGCAGUACCCACCCUUGAAAUUUGGGACCGUGCCUAACGGGUCCACGGAGAAGAAUAUCCGCAGCAACUAUCCCGACAUGCACAGCUACAUGGUGCGCUACAACCAGCCCCGCGUGGAAGAAGCACUCACGCAGCUCAAGGCAGGGAAGCUGGACGCUUUCAUUUAUGAUGCAGCAGUGCUCAACUACAUGGCCCGCAAGGAUGAGGGCUGCAAGCUUGUCACCAUAGGCUCCGGCAAGGUCUUCGCCACCACAGGCUAUGGCAUCGCCCUGCACAAGGGCUCCCGCUGGAAACGGCCCAUCGACCUGGCACUGCUGCAGUUCCUGGGGGAUGAUGAGAUCGAGAUGCUGGAGAGGCUGUGGCUCUCUGGGAUCUGCCACAAUGACAAAAUCGAGGUGAUGAGCAGUAAGCUGGACAUCGACAACAUGGCGGGUGUCUUCUACAUGCUCCUAGUGGCCAUGGGCCUCUCCCUGCUGGUCUUCGCCUGGGAACACCUGGUCUACUGGCGCCUGAGGCACUGUCUGGGGCCCACCCACCGCAUGGACUUCCUGUUGGCCUUCUCCAGGGGCAUGUACAGCUGCUGCAGCGCCGAGGCCGCUCCUCCGCCAGCCAAGCCCCCUCCGCCUCCUCAGCCUCUGCCCAGCCCCGCGUACCCCACUGCGCGGCAGGCUCCGGGCCCCGCGCCAUUCGUGCCCCGAGAGCGCGCUGCCAAACCCCUGACCCCAGACUGUGACUUCCGACACCUAAAAUGGUCAUCCGACCCCAGACUGUGA